AUGGAAUAUUCAGUGCUGCUAUUACUUCUAUCUGUAGUUUUAGUCCAAGGAUAUCGUAGUGAUUUUAAUCAAACCGUUCUAAGUGAACAUAGAAACAACAGAUCAUUUAACGAAUCAUUAAUUGGCACACGCAGUAAAAGAAAUCAUAAUAAGAAAGAAUUUGAUGAAGCUUUUAACUAUUACAACAACGGAAUCCCUUCAAAGAGAGAACCAAAGUUCAUAAGUUUUCAAACUGUUGAUGACAACAUAGAAAUUGAACUCGAUUAUUCAAUUCCUUUUCUUUCGAUUCCUGUGCGACAAUCUAUUGAUACUGUCUUAGGUGCAGUAAAACUUACGCAAAGUUCUCAAAAUUUUCCAUUAGGAAAUCUUAAUAUUGGAGUUGUUAUAUUCUUCGUCAUCUCGGUGUUUGCAGUUGCAAUUUUUGGCGGAACAACAACUCUUAAGGAAAACGUAGGAGAAGAUGGCGCCAAUCCUGAUAUUAGCAUAUUUCCCAAAUUCCCAUGGCUGCCUUAUUAUGGUCAUAAAAGUCGAAAAGGAAAUGAUGAUGCAGAAAAUCAUUCAAGUUGGCAGAUUUUAAACCAAAUUGACCAAACGCUUCAUAGAUAUGGAGUUGAUACAGCAAGUUGUGUUAAACGUGCAACAUGUUGGCAAGUGAAGGAAAGUCUUUCAAACAUUUAUGAUAAGAACGCAACAAGUUUUGAUUACAUUAUUACUGAUCUGGCAAGCUCUACAAUGAUCCAACAGUUUAUUUCAUCAACAUCUUGGAAUGAUGCCAUCAUUGCUGCUAGAAAAGAUGCUGAUUGCAUGUCAACUUUCCCCAAUUGUGUCUUAAGUUCAAGUAGUUUGAUCUCCUUGUGGGACCGCUAUUUAAUGAUUUUAGCAAAUUCCAGAGUUUUCUUGUACAAAUCAAACUCAAUUGAAAUAUUAAAAUAUACUAUGCAGGAAUUUAAAUUUUUCAACUUUAUGCUUUUGUUUCUUCUUUAA